CCCCACAGGCACCGCUGCCACCAAGACCUGCCCUCCGCUGCCAGCCGCCGCCAUGCUGACCGCUGACGACAAGAAGCUGAUCCAGCAGACCUGGGAGAAGGUGGUCGGUCACCAGGAGGCCUUCGGAGCCGAAGCCCUGGAGAGGCUGUUCAUCACCUACCCCUCGACCAAGACCUACUUCCCCCACUUCGACCUGAGCCAUGGCUCCGACCAGAUCCGCGGCCACGGCAAGAAGGUGGUGGCUGCCUUGACCAACGCCGUCAAGAACGUGGACAACCUCAGCCAGGCUCUGUCUGAGCUCAGCAACCUGCAUGCCUACAACCUGCGCGUCGACCCUGUCAACUUCAAGCUGCUGUCGCAGUGCUUCCAGGUGGUGUUGGCUGUGCAUCUGGAAAAGGACUACACCCCUGAGGUGCACGCUGCCUUUGACAAGUUCCUGUCAGCUGUGGCUGCCGUGCUGGCUGAGAAGUACAGAUAAGCUGCCACCUGUGCCCUGGUGCCAUCAAUAAAGACACUUUUGCCGCA